CUUAGAGGGCUUUUCCAACCUGAAUGAUUCCAUGAUUCUGUGAUUUUAUUAUCCCCUCAGAGGAUUAAUCCCGCCGCUAAUGCAGCUUUUCACUCGCAAAGCGCUUUAGAGGAAGUCGCGCCAGGAGAGCGCUUGGAGAGAGAAACUGAAAGUGCUGAGCAGGAGGCAGCUGCCCUCCUGAUUCCAGCCCUCCUGAUUCCAGCCCUCCUGAUUCCAGCCCUUCUGAUUCCAGCCCUCCCUCUGUUGCUCUCCCAUCCUGUGCAGUGGAACUGGGUUUCCCAGCUUCUUGGCUAACUGGAGUAUUUUGGGGAAAAUAGGAGAGCUCCGUAGCUGUGCAGCUUCCCAGGUGUGGAACCAGGGCAUUUCAGCUCUCCCAUCGGUCCAUUGAAAUCCAGGAGGAGCAGCCCAGCAGCAUCCCUGGCACCCAACUGCGGUAGCUGUUCAAGCAGAUACGUUGGGUUUGCGUGGCUUGGCUGCAUUGCGGCACCCGUGCAGCCUACCCAUGAGCUCAGACUUCCAGCAUUACAGUUUCAGGAUGCCGAACAUCGGGUUCCAGAACCUUCCUCUCAACAUAUACAUCGUGGUUUUCGGCACGGCCAUCUUCGUCUUCAUCCUCAGUUUGCUCUUCUGUUGCUACUUGAUCAGGCUCAGGCAUCAGGCACACAAAGAGCUUUACGCCUACAAACAGGUCAUACUCAAGGAGAAGGUGAAGGAGCUGAAUCUCCAUGAGAUCUGUGCCGUGUGCCUGGAGGAGUUCAAGCCCAAGGACGAGCUGGGGAUCUGUCCCUGCAAACAUGCCUUCCACAGGAAGUGCCUCAUCAAGUGGCUGGAGGUUCGGAAGGUGUGUCCCCUUUGUAACAUGCCGGUGCUGCAGCUGGCGCAGCUGCACGGGAAGCCGGACCCGGGCCCGCCGCAGGUGCCGCUGCCCGGCUCGCAGAACAUCGUAUAGUCCCUCCCGGGCCGGGCCCGGCCCGCGCCCGCCCGCGGCGCUUGGACACAACCAAAGCACUUGGGCCGCAGCUCAGCAGCCCCGGAUCCUGCCGGGAUGAAGCCUGGGCUCGGAUCCUCCGCCAGGGCCGGGAGGGGACCCGGCGUCCUCGGCACGACAUCCUUCUUCCAGCACCUCCCGUCUGCAGCCCCGCGGCCGCCGGGAACAGCGCGGCGGCCCCGGCACCUCCCGCUCCCUCCUCUUCGCCUUCGGUUCCUUUGCCCUUGCGGUUCCCACCAGGAAAAGGGGCCUCGCUCCUGGAGUCGUGCUGCGGUUGGGUGUCCCCUCGGCACCUGCUGUCCCCCCGUGGUGGCUGUGCGGGCUCUCCCGGCUUCGGAUUCCCUCGCAGCCUCUCGGGGGUGGCUGUCCCUCCUCCUCGCCUACCUCAGGGGCCUGGAGUCCCUGGGAGGGGCCCCAUCCUGGCCUCAGCAGCAGCGAGAGCCGUGGCCUGGGGGGGCAGGCAGAAUUCCCGGCCUUUGGGAUCAUCCCAUCGCUUCCAGCCUGGCCCCGGGGGGCUCCGGGCAGCGUUUUCCCUUGCCAAACACCCCCGUCAGCAGCCGGGGGAGCUGGGCUGCCCCUCGCCUCCCCCAGCACGAGUUUGGGGUGUCCCCCGCCGUCCUCCCCCGUCGCAUUCCCGGGAUUUGGGGAGGGGGUGUCAGUAUUACACGGCAGCGGCUUUCCCGGGGGCAGGGCUGGGGGGGCUCCUGGUGCUGUUCCCCCCUCCCAAAAAACCCGGGACUGUUUAUGGAGCGUGGAGCCUCAUAGACGUGUUUGUACACUACAAAUUCUGCAGCAGAAUAUUUUUUAAAACAUUCGCUGGUUUUGGUUUUUGGUUUGGUUUUUUUUUUUUUCCUCCGUUUGUUUGGUUUUUUUGUAAGCUCUAUUUUUGUAUAUUUAAUUGCUAUUUGAAAAUUCUAAUAAUGCGUCUUUUUUGCUAAUCACACUCUUCUUAAGGAAAAGCCAGGAAAGAAAAAAAAAAACAACAACCAACCAAGAGUUUGCAUGUGAUUUGACUUGAAAUGUAAAUAAAAGCAGGUUUUGGAA